AUGGAGGACUUCUACGUCACGAUCCCCUACGGCCUGCUGCUCCUAGCCGGCGGCGUCGCCGGCUACGUGAAGCGCGGCAGCGCCGCCUCUCUGGCCGUGGGGGGCGGAUUUGGCGCCGCGCUCCUCCUCGCCGGCGCGCUCAGCGCCUGGUCCUUUGGGCACGGCGGGGGUGGCGCUGCGGCCAUCUUGGCCACCGUCAUUCAGAUCGUUUGUGCUGUGCUAUUGACUGUUGUCAUGGGAAUAAGAUACGCCAAAACACGAAAGAUAAUGCCCGCUGGAAUUAUUGCUGCUAUCAGUGCAAUGGUAUUGAUAUUUUACGUGUACAAGAUAUCAACUGGUGGCAACAAGGUUUAUACCCCGGUGAGUGUGGAGUGA